GUCUAAAUGGGAUUCAUUGGGAAAGGUUGUUUUUCCUGUUCACAUUUCAUAACAUGUGGGUAAAAGAUCCGCCAAGGAUACUGCACUCCGUCAAGGUAUCAUUCAUGACUGAAAGUGUGAUAUGAAGAUAUGACCAGCAGCCUGACCAGCAGCCUGACCAACAGCUUGACCACUCAUGAUCAAAUACCAGUUCCUUUCCGGUUCAGAAGUGGUGGGUCCCAGAUCAGUUGGUGUCUCGUGCCCGGAAAGAGAUGACCGAUCAUAAUCAUCUGAAUUUUUUUGUAUCAGGAAAUGAUAUUCAGCAUUGCUUUUCAGCUUGCAACUGACCACUCAGAUGUCUUAACCUGUUGUGUUCAAAUUUAUUGAAUUCUCACAUAUAUAUUGUACUGGAGAAUCCAAUUCUACUGGAAAACCUUUCACUGGAUAUAAUUUAUAUGAUGCUCCAUGCUUGAUUGUUGUUUAUAUGUUUUCUAGCAAAAGACAUCAUGAACAUCACUCAUAACAGCAGUGUGGAAGUAGUUCCAUUCCAUGAGAGACUGGUGAUGGCAUGUUUCUACAUCGUUGUAGCGACGUUUGGGACAGUUGGCAAUGUGCUGGUCAUCAUAGCAAUUUCAUUCUCCAAGAAGCUCCAGAACCCGACCAAUGCCUUUGUGCUAAGCCUUGGCUUUGCAGACCUGUUGGUGUCUACCAUGCAGCCUCUUCAGGUGGUAGGCCUCUUGGCCAAAGAUGGCUGGCCCCUGACGGAUCAGGUAUGCGAGAUGGCUGGAUCAACCAUCGUCAUUUCCAUAACAAGUAGCGUCAUCACCCUUGCCAUGAUCUCUAUAAACAGGCACUGCUUGAUCACCAAGUCCCGCAAGGUCUACGUAUCCAUCUACCGAGGGCGCAACAUCUUCACCAUGGUUCUCAUCUCCUGGCUUCUUCCAAUUGCCAUUCUUAUCAUCCCCCAAGCUGCUGGAUACGGUAAACUCGGAUAUGACAAGUUCACCCAUCUCUGUGCUUGGGACUUUGCACAUCCACUCGCAAAAUUCUAUCAGAUCAUAGCAGCCAUGAUUGGAGUCUUCUCCUACUCGAUCAUCUUGGUCUGUUACUCUCUCAUAUAUCUUCAUCUCAAGAGGCACUCCUUGUCCUUGCAGCGUCAUUCCAGUAACCUCUCUACAAAUCGCAUUGACAGCAAGGUUAAGGUCAACAUCAAGAUCACAAAGAACCUUUUCUACAUCGUCUGCGUCUACAUGGUUUGCGUGGUGCCCUACAGUAUCUGUCUCAUAGCAAUAUCUGAAACCAACAGUCUGGCUCGUCAUGCCUCUCUGUACCUUGCUCUUAUCCUGGUGAUGAACAGUUGUGCCAAUGUCAUCAUCUAUGGAUUAAAGCAUCCGCAUUUUCAAAUUGUCUUCAAGUGCAUCAUCACUUGCAAUUUGAGCAAGAUACCUAAGCCAUCUGCAUUCCUGAGAUUUCUCUUGAACCAGAAGUCAGAAUCUCACCUUGCACAAUGUAAUGGUGUACCAUCUGAUAAACCAGUCAACCUGACCAGUGACACUUGGCUAUCACCUAACUCAUCCAAGAAGAAGAAACCUUUGUCAUAGCUUUCACCAUCAAUCACAGUGAUGUUCAAACAUUGUAGGCUGGAACCAAUGAGUGUUCAAAUAUCCUUGGAGACUGAAACCAUUGACAGCUACCUAGUACUUUGUUCUACAUUAUAACUGUUCAUAGCUUUUACCACUUGAAUAUCAAAUCAGACUGAGGGGAUGAAAAGACAUACCUUGCAGAAGUCUCAUGUGGUGAAAAACAUUGAACAUUUCUAAAGUGGUCUUGUGAUAAUUCAGAAAACAAAGUAAAUGUUUGUAAAUAUAUAUAGUAAAAAAAAUAUUUAUCAGAUAUUCCUUUUCGUAAAUGUGAUUACAUAUGGAACAUAUGAAUGUCUUAGUCUUGUCAAAUGGCCGCACUUAAACACAACUCCAUGAGAAAAACAACUUUUUCUAUAUAUUGGCUGUCAUUUUCAUUUGUUUCAAGUUACAGCUGUGAUGAAUUAGAAAGCAAUUUCCAACAUUUUGUGUCAAACUUUUCUUAUACAGCUUUUUUUUUUUCACUUUAAUAAUUAAUUAUCUUUGUGGAAAAGCCCUAGUUUGCAAUGCAAUUACCAUGACUACAUCAUUGAUGUCUCUCCACAACCUCUUAGACAAGACAGAAAUAGAGGAUGCGUGUAAAUAAUAAAUGCCUAGCAUGUUUUUAUCUAUGAAAUUGCUUCCACUGAUAAGGUAAUUGUGAUUAAAAGGUAAACUUAUCAAAGCAGUCUUAGCUGUAAAUCUAUCAUAGCAUUUAGGAGUUAAGGCAAAAGUGCCAUAUCAACUUCUUUCACCACCAAAACAUGUUUACAAUGUUUUGUAUUUGAUUUUUUUGUGUGUGUAAACAGGCUUUAAUAUAAGAAAAAAGGGUUUAAUUUUGAGGUGGUAAAACUCAAACAGUACCUAAGUUUAAAAGAGAAAUUUACAUGUGCAGACGAGUAGACGUGUGAACAGACGUGGCUGCUACAACACUGAAUGCAGUGGAAUUCCCUUCCAUUUUAAAAUGUUUUAUAAAUUGGCUUUUCUGAUAAAGAGCUGGGAUUGGACAAGAUGUUACUUGUGAAAUAGUCAAAUCAGCAAUUUAAAUAUAUUCUGGUUAUUAGGCUUAACUUAAAUAUUUAAUAUUAUUUUAAACCAAAAAUAGAAUACUUUCACACAGAUAAAUAAUGUAAAAGUAAAUAGAUGCUAGCUAGUCACACACAAAAUUGACAGUAUCUAGGGCCAUAUAAUAAUAGUCAGUUCUUGUAUAGCGCAUAACACAUUAUAAAUAACGUCUCUAUGCACUUCCAAAGGACUUGGAUAUUAUUACCCUGGAUUUAGCCCCGCAGCCUUUUACAGCGCUGUGGCAUUUCAAGGAAUAAAUUCCUGCCAGGUACCCAUUCACCUCACCUGGGUUGAAUGCAGGACAAAGUGGAUAAAUUUCUUGCUGAAGGAAACUACGCCAUGGCUGGGAUUUGAACCCACAACCCUCUGUUUCAAAGUCCGAAGACUAAUCCACUGGGCCACAACGCUCCACAUAAUAUAUACUAAGAUAGCACAAUUUCAUUAAAGACAAUGAUAAAAAACAUGAUGAAAACCUGAAUUUCCAGUAAAAAAAUUUGUCAUUAAAGCAUUAAUUAUUUCUACUGCAGAAAAUAUAAAUUUUAUUAUUUGGGAGAGCUAGCAUGCACACAUACAAAGUUGGACUAAUGAAAUGAUUUUAAUAGCGGUUUCCACUACGAUUGACCAAAAUGUACACUCAAAAAGUCAAAAGUGCUGAUUUGCUCAUCUGCUAAGCGACACACAGCAUGAACAAAAUAAAUAGUGACUCUUCAAAUAUAUUGACCAUACUAGUAUCUGCAUGCUAAUACUGAGUAUUCUUAGUGUCAGUAACACUCAGAUAUUUUUUUACUGCUUUUCCAUCAUAAGUACAUGGGAGUUUUGAAAUACCUUGCCAUCAUUUCAUGGUUGGCCCUUUCACCUAUAUAAAGGAUUUGGUAAUGCACAGGAAAAGACAUGUAUAACUUUCCUGCGCACAGAAGAAAAUGUCAGUCAUUUUCCCUUUUGCUGCUAGAUGUUAGCUAAGAAUAGAUUUGAAUUUGGCAACAAUGCUCCUGUUCCAGCCCCUGUUACUACUAGUUUCUUAUAUCAUACAUUGUUCACUCACAUAUAUUAAUUCUUCCGGUAGUGGUUCUAAUGAUUCAUAGAUCUCUUGAAGUUUAGACCAUUUGUUGCCAAAUUUAUGGCAAAUUUGCUUAUUUCCCAUGUUUUAUACCAAAAUGGAGAAAGUAUUGCAUCAAGUGACUCUGCUUGAAUCUUUGGUUCUUUUAAUCAGAUAUGAUUUACUUUAUUUACAUUGUAUAUAAACUUUUCUUUACAAAUAUGAAAAGAACAUUAAAUGUUUCUAAUGUAAA